GCUCUACGCUUCACUGGCCAUGCAAAGCAGGGAGAGUGACGGAGGCGGAGGCACUGCUGGCUGCUGGAACGGACAUUAACAAGCUGGACAGAACGCAGUUUAACCCUUUCAUGGACGCGAUCAACUCAGGACAGGUCGACUGUGCUAGAUGGCUGCUGAGGCAAGACGGUUUAAAGCUUCAGACCGAGAUAUGGUCGUUUUGUAGGGAGAGGGUGCUAGAGUCAUUGCUAACAGCUUAACAGAAGGUAGGGAGAGCGAUCCAUGGCUGUCCCGAUAGACCCACUCAGACUCCUGCCGGAAGAUACUCCUCCGGUUGAUCCAGAUGAGACAGUUCUAGCAGAUGAUCAGUUACAGACUGAAGAACAUAUCCCACAGAUCAAUGCGUCAACAUCUGCAAAUGAAGCUGAUAUCAGAAUCGACAUGAUGAUGGUACUACACGAGAUGCUCAUGGAAAAGGUCUCCGUUUGCUUUCCUCCUCCCACGAGCAGUACAAAGUGUGGGUUCAACUUUAAUCUGAUAGAAGAUAUCGUAUGCGGAACCCAAGCCCGGCCAUGUCUGUACAUAAUAACGAAAGAAACCGGUUAUGCUGCGAGGGCGUUUACCUCGAUAGAUGUUGAAAAUGCCCACAGCAUUAUAAAUCAUUUGGACCGCCGAGGGGUCCAAAACUCCUCAAUCGAAGAGCUUAGUAGACAUGCCAGCAACCUACAGAGACUUCAAAUUCUCAGGAAACCUCUCUAGGACGGAAGCUUUAUACUCCGACAUCCACGAUUUACCACGCCCCUGAGAUCGACAAAGGUCUUUCUGAUAGAUUGACUUCCAGCCAAUUCGAUCUAUCGAAGCCGAGUGGGAAGAACAAAGAACUGAAACCCCAUCAUGGUCGCAACGAUGCUCCUCGCGGACAAGGGAGAGUUAGGGCCAUCGGUGGUCACAAGACUGGAUAAUAUUUAUUUUUUAAGCGUUGAGGUUGUCACGAAAGCGUACUGUAACGGGACUAUCAGAUUUGAGUGAUUUGAUUUUGUGAUUUGCAGUUCACGUGAUUUUAUUGUGAUUUUAGACUGUAAAAACUAUAAAGGUUCAAGUUGAACUAUCGUCGCCAUGAUUAUGUAUUUUGGAACUGUUCACGUUGAAAUUGCUUCGUUAA